AAUGAAACAAUGUCAAGAUACGAUCUUCGUUCCCUCUUCUUCCUCUUCUGUCUUCUCUCUAUCCGCACUGUUUCGGCUCAAAACCCCGUCUUUGCUUGCGACGUUGAUGGGAAUCCCAGCCUAGCAAAUUUUGCUUUUUGCAAUCGAAGUCUGGAUGUUUAUUCCAGAGUGAAGGAUUUAGUUGGGAGGCUCACAUUGCAGGAAAAGGUUGGAUUUUUGGGAGAUAAUGCUGGUGCUGUGCCGAGGUUGGGGAUCCCAAGCUAUAGAUGGUGGGGGGAGGCGCUUCAUGGUGUUUCUAGUGUUGGUCACGCCACACAUUUCUCGCCCUUAGUGCCUGGCGCGACGAGUUUUCCUCAAGUGAUUUUGACUGCUGCGUCCUUUAACACAACUUUGUUCAAAGCCAUUGGCAAGGUGGUUUCGACAGAGGCUCGAGCAAUGUACAAUGUGGGACAUACUGGGCUAACUUUUUGGAGUCCAAAUGUAAAUAUAUUUCGAGAUCCCCGGUGGGGGAGAGGGCAAGAAACCUCAGGUGAGGAUCCAUUGUUGACAAGCAAGUAUGCUUCUUCCUAUGUUAAAGGCUUGCAGGAAUCUGAUGAACCUGAUAAGCUCAAGGUUGGUGCCUGUUGCAAGCACUAUACUGCAUAUGAUCUUGAUAAUUGGAAGGGGAUUAACCGCUUGACCUUUAAUGCAAUUGUCACAAAGCAGGAUCUGAUUGAUACCUUCAAUCCACCAUUUAAGAGCUGUGUGAUUGAUGGGAAUGUGGCAAGUGUAAUGUGCUCUUUCAAUCAAGUUAAUGGAAAGCCCACUUGUGCUGAUUCUGAUCUUCUUGCUGGAACCAUUAGAGGAGAUUGGAAGCUUAAUGGAUAUAUAGUUUCUGAUUGUGAUUCAGUUCAAGUGCUCUACAAUAACCAACAUUAUGUUAAGACUCCUGAGGAUGCAGCGGCUAUUACUAUCAAAUCUGGCCUUGAUUUGGACUGUGGACAAUAUCUGACCAAGUAUAGCGAGGCUGCAAUCCAAGCUGGCAAGUUAACCGAGGCUGAUGUCGAUCGGGCCAUCACCAACAACUUUGCGACCCAGAUAAGACUCGGGUUCUUCGAUGGCAAUCCAAGCAAACUCCCUUACGGUGGUCUGGGUCCGAGCGAUGUUUGCACUGAAGAUAACCAAGAGUUAGCCCGAGAAGCGGCAAGGCAGGGGAUUGUCUUACUCAAGAACUCCAAUGAUGCCCUUCCUCUCAAUCCCUCCACAUUAGGAUCUCUUGCAGUUAUUGGCCCCAAUAUGAAUGUAACAAAUACCAUGAUUGGUAACUAUGCAGGAACACCAUGCAAGUACAUAACACCACUUCAGGGUUUAAUUCAAGCAGCCUCAAACUCGAAGGUAUUUGCCGUGCCAGGUUGUUUGGAUAUCAAAUGCUCAACUAAUGGAUUCCAGCUAAACCCAGCCAAGCAGGCGGCGGCACAGGCCGACGUCACCAUCCUCAUUGUUGGUGCAGACCAAUCCAUUGAGCGUGAGGGCUUGGACAGAGCUGACCUCAACCUCCCAGGGAACCAGACAGUCCUGGUUCAAGAGGUCACCAAAGUUGCCAAAGGCUUGGUGAUCCUUGUGAUCAUGUCAGGAGGCCCAUUUGACAUUUUAUUUGCAAAGAAUGAUGAUAAAAUCUCUGGCAUUCUUUGGGUUGGGUAUCCUGGUGAAGCUGGUGGUGGUGCAAUUGCUGAUGUUUUGUUUGGAAAGUUUAAUCCAAGUGGGAGAUUGCCAGUUACUUGGUAUCCUCAAUCUUUUUCUGAUAAGAUACCUAUGACGGAUAUGCGAAUGAGGCCUGAUUCGUCAAGUGGCUACCCAGGUAGGACUUACCGGUUCUACUCCGGCGAUGUGGUAUAUUCAUUUGGAGAUGGCUUGAGCUACACUAACUUUGAUUACAAGCUAAAAAAUACUCCCAAGCUUGUCGCUGUUCCUCUUGAAGAAGGGCAUGAAUGCUACGAGAAAACUUGCAAUUCCCUUGCUGUCACAGAUAGUUUGUGCCAGAAUCUAGCAUUUGAUGUGCACUUGCGAGUGAAGAAUGGUGGCGCCAUGGCCGGAGGCCAUACAGUCUUUCUCUUCUACACGCCACCGGAGAUUCAUAAUGCUCCAAAGAAGCAUUUACUGGGGUUUGAGAAGGUGAAGCUGGAGCCAAAGGCUGUAAGGAAUGUGCGGUUCAGGGUGGAUUUUUGCAAGGAUAUGAGCUUGGUGGAUGAAAUGGGGAACAAGAAAGUGGCCUUGGGAUCUCAUGUGCUCCACGUUGGAGAUUUGAAACAUUUCUUAACCGUUGGAGUUUGA